AUGCCUAUUCCCCUGCUGAAAGGGCCUUUAGAAAAUAUUACCAGGAUCCGGAAAGCUGUGGGGGCCAUUCCCAUCACCUGGGAUAGCCAUUCUGGUCUGCAGGCUGUUGCUGCCACCUGCUGCAAGCAAACAGCCAUGGAGGGGCUGCCGUAUAUAGUAAGAGGUGACAAGUUCCUCUCCAGAAGCAGCUUGACUGACAAAGAGACUGAAGGAGAGAAUCUUGGGAUAUGGAAAAGUCUUUUAAAGGUGAGACACAAGGUUUCAGAGAACAGUUUCAGCAUUGUUCUUGUGAAGGUUAUACUUAGCCCUGAACCACACUACUUUCCUGUCUGCAUUUCAUUUCCUGGGGACUUGCCAAGUGAUCAACAGCCUCAACCCUGUAGAGUAUGGGAAGAAAUAUUCAAUGCAAGAGAAAACAUAUAUUUUCUGCCUAAUUCUGAUGUCAACUUGACCUGCCAAACAAAGGAGAAAGGCUUCUUCGUACAGAUGCUAUGGUCCAAGGUCAUGGAUAAAAAUGAUCUGAUUGCUGUUUAUAAUCCCCAACAUGGCAUCCACUGUACCCAGGGCUAUGCCUAUAAAUCACAGGUGACUUCCAUAGAAACUCUGAAGAAUGUAACAAAAUAGACUCUAUACUUAAAGAAUAUCUCUUCCACCCUCACUGGAAAGUAUGAGUGCAGCAUUACACUGUAUCCAGAAGGCAUCCAGACUAUAGUCUACAAUCUCAUUGUGGAACCCAACACAAAAGCUUAACACAACCACACAAUAGAAAUAGAGACAGAUUGGACUCUGGAAAUACCAUGCUUUCAAAAUACCUCCUCAGAAGUUUCACCUAGGUUCACCUUUUCAUGGUUGGUGAAGAAAGAUGGCGUCCAAGAAGUUCUCUUCACUGAUGAUCACCAUGUGAGCAAUUCCACAUCAUUUAAAGGAGUCAGGCUGGGUACAAACUACAGUCUCCACCUCUUUCUAGUCUAAAUCCAAGAUGAUGGCAUAAUAUUUUCUUGCCACCUGACAGUCAGCCCUUUCAAGGCCUGGAAGACCUCCACCACAGUCAAGAGUUUUGCUAGGCCGGAAAUCCUCGUGAUGGUGGAGAACACCACCCUGGAUGUCUUAGGAGAGAGAGUAUUUACCUGCCUACUGUAGAAUGUCUUCCCUAAAGCAAAUCUCAGCUGGUUAACAGGUGGAAGGUUUCUUCAGGGCAAUGAAGAAGGAAAAGCAUAUGAUAUUGUAUCGGAAUUAGAAUUCACAUCAUCCAUUACACUUACAGGACGGAGGAGGAGAUCCAAUUGA